UGGUGUUAUACUAGGAUUCGUAUCCUAUUGCAAUGGGAAAUAGGAUAGCUUAACGUGGCCUUUUAUUUUAACCAAAUUGCCGAACCCAUUAUAUUUGUUAGAACUUCCCCGCCCGAAGUGCAUGCACCGACCCCAAAAUCCUAUAUAUAUAUAUAGGGAAAGGCGGAGGCCAGUCCUCAAUAUGUUUUUAUCCCUCUAGCUCAGCUCUCUUAGAUAAAAUUUUCCAUUGGAGUAGUUUCUAGAGAUGGAGAUGGAGAAGAAAGAAGGUGUUUGGGCAGAUGAAGAAGAACGCUAUAAGAUCGCAUUCUGUGGGUUUGUUAACGCAGAAUCUGCAGGCUUAUCUGAGAGAGAGGUAUCAGGUCCCCCCGUAGGAUGGUUUGUCAUCAACGUCCCAGAUACAGACUGUCUUCCUCUCUAUCCUUCUUCUUAUCUGUCAAAGUUGAAGAUGAGAGAAAAGGGAAACAAAGCAAAGGAAAAGAAAAAAGUUUUGAGCACGGACCAGCCUCUGAAACCAAUUUCGGUAAGCUUUUGUAACCUCUACAACCACAAUGCAGCAAUAGGGUCACAUUUGUAUUCUCUUGGCGGCCCGGAAGAUGUUUUUUCUAAUUCUUCCGAAGAUAGCAUCGUGUCUUGGAGACUAGACCUUAACUCUCCUAGUGAUGGUUGGAAACGCGGUUCUAACAUGAAUGUUUCUAGAUGGGAUCCUCAAACACUGGUUUUGGAUGGCAAGUUGUAUGCUUUAGAUUCUCUUCUUACUGAUUCUCCACCAUCUGAAUGUGGGUGGAUGGAGGUUUUUGAUCCCGACUCAGCGACAUGGGAAUCCUUGCCUAAUCCUCCGUCUCCUCCACCAUCUUGUCAUCAAAUUCGUCACAAUGAUUUUACUUGCGCGGUUCUUGAAUCCAAGAAGGAGAUUCUUUUGGCUAAACACUUUGUUAACGAUGAUGAUAACCUUUACUUUUUUACAUUAUAUGCUUUCGAUGUCGUGACUCGAUGUUGGACAACACUUAAGCCCCUAAAGCGCAAAUUGUAUGGUUGCUUUCCUCCUUCUGAUGAUAGAAGAGCUGUAGCUGUUGGUACUACUCUCUAUUGGGGUGCUGUCUCUCAAGACUCGCACGAAUUAUAUCUUUUCUAUGUACAAGCUUAUGAUCUAGACAAGGAUGUGUGGCUCCUUGGACGUCUCAACACUCGCCCACUUUUUGGGAAGCAUGAAGGUCCCCGAUCUUUUGACCGUUCACCUCGUUUGCUCCAUUUACGUGAUCACAUUUUCUGCCUUCUCUUGCACGCCUACUCUUCUUCUCCUACUACUAGUUACCUUUAUUGUCUCAUAGUUAACAUUGAACCAACAUCAUCACCAAUAUUAUCUGAUGAUGAUGACGACGAAGAAGAAGAAGAAGAAGAAGAAGAUGAUCAACUCCACAAGUUGAAGUUGAGUAUUUCUAUUAUCUCUGUCCAAAAGUAUCCCCUGAAUGAAGUUUAUUCCCUCUGGGAUAAUGUGUUGCUGCCAUAGUGUUAGCCGUUGAUGGAAGUGGCUCCUCCUCUGCAGAUGUGAUGUUUACCUUAGGAUUGGAGAUGAACAGUUAAGAGGGAGAUGCUGAUGAUGGUCCUCCAGAGCUUCUAUUUUCCCAUGGGAUCACAAGGCAAAAAUAUCAGAUUUCUCGUGGAACAAAUAUCAGCCAUGGGUCAUUGAGAGUGUAGGUGAUGAUGAGACUGAUCAGGUCUGGCAAAUGGCUGAGAGUUUAUAUUGAGAAGACGAUGAUGACAUGCAAGCUGCUGAUGACUAACCGUGGAUGUGGUCCAUUGCUCUAAAGUCAAUCUUUCACCUUGAGGUUUAGGUGGAAUAGGCAAUCUUUCACCUGAAGUUAUGAGGUUUACGUGAAAAUCAAGAUUGUUAAAAUCGGGAUCCUACGUACAAUCAUUGAAGGUAGGUGGGAUCGUAGAUCGUAGGAUCAGAUCGUGAAUCGUGAGA